CAAGCGGGAGGCUCACCAUCCGCGGCCGCGGCAGGCACGACUGGGCGCCGGCAGAGCCGCCUUCCCCGGUGCGACCAGGUGGUCACGGCGGUCCCAGUGCCGGACCAGCCUGGGGGGAUCCGAGCCCGCCCGAGAAUUUUGUUGGGAGUGGAGAGAGCAUCAAGUGAUCCAAAUUACUGAAGGGACAGAGGCCAUUUCUGAGCGGUGACUUUGGACCUGCAGAAGGCGGCCAAGUGUCCUCCUAUGUACUGGAACUGCUCCUUCUGACUGAGGGACUCUCAGUAAAAGGAAAUAGGUCAAGGGCAGCUUUUGCAUUCCACUCAAAAGGCACCACAGUUUGAGAUGAGGAAUUCAGAAGAGCAAACAGCUACGACAGUUUUACAGCGUCUGCUGCAGGAGCAGCUCAGAUACGGAAACCCAAAUGACAACCGUAACCUUCUUGCCUUACAUCAACAAGCCACAGGAAAUGCACCCCCUUUCAACAACAGUGGGAGUCCAGUGUCUCAGAAUGACGGGCUGAGCUCCCAGGACCAUCAGCUUGUGACUCAUGCUGCCCGACAAGAGCCCCAGGGCCAGGAGAUUCAGGUGGACAACAGCAUCAUGGAGAAGCAGCUCUCUCCAAGACUUCAGAACAGUGAAGACCUCCCUACCUAUGAGGAAGCCAAAGUCCAGUCGCAGUAUUUCAGGGGCCAGCAGCAUGCCAGUGUUGGGGCAGCAUUUUAUGUAACGGGGGUAACCAAUCAAAAGAUGAGGACUGAAGGGCGGCCCACAGUUCAGCGAGUGAGCCCUGGGAAGGUCCAUCAGGAUGAAGGACUCAAGGACCUCAAGCAAGGGCAUGUUCGCUCACUGAGUGAAAGGCUGAUGCAGCUGUCCUUGGCCACCAGUGGUGUCAAGGCCCACGCACCUGUCACAAGUGCUCCUCUGUCUCCGCUCUCUUCUCUUUCUUCUCAGCAGCAAAAUGACCCAUACAAGAACUCCAAUUCCAAUGAUUUCUACAAAAACUCAGUGCAGACGCCUCCCCAGCCAAACAUGAAAGGGAUGGAGCACAGGGGUCCUCCGCCAGAGUACCCAUAUAAAAGUAUGUCCACCCCACCCAUGAACUGCAAACCUCAGGACCCUGGACAUUUCUAUGGUGAUCACCGUAUGAGCCAGCAGGGGAGAUCCGAUGGGCCUAUGAUGAGAUAUCAGCAUCCUCCUGAAUAUGGCUCCAUCAGGCUAAACCCUGAUGUACAGAUGCAGUUACAGCAGAGGCCACCUCAUCAUCACAGCCCAACUUCCUCCUUAACGUCCUUGGGAUCUUUGACCUUACUACAGUCUCCACCACCAUCCAGACUGUCUCCUUCUCAGCAUCAGCAACCCCUUAUUUCAAGCCAGGGAGACUCAGGCCUUCUACCACGGACCCAGCCACCAUUCAUAUCAAAUCAGGUCCAUCAGGGAGAUCUUUAUCGACUAUGUCAACCUAUUCUAGGCCAGCAGCAGCAACAAGGAGAUUCCUACUCACUGAUGUCAAGAGCUCAGCAGAUUCCUUCUCCUUAUCAGCAGAUGCAAGUGGAUCCUUUUGCCAUUGUUUCCAGGGCCCAGCAGAUGGUGGAGAUCCUGUCAGAGGAGAACCGGUCCUUACGGCAGGAGUUGGAUGGGUGCUACGAGAAGGUAGCAAGGUUACAGAAGCUGGAAACAGAAAUUCAGCAAGUUUCAGAGGCCUACAAAAACCUAGAAAAGUCCUCCUCUAAGCGGGAUGCCUUGGAAAAGGCCAUGCGAAACAAGCUGGAAGGAGAAAUCCGUAGGCUUCACGAUUUCAACAGGGACCUGAGAGAGCGUAUGGAGACAGCCAACAAGCAGCUUGCAGAGAAGGAAUUUGAGGGGUCUGAAGACAAUCGGAAAACCAUCUCUCAGCUCUUUGCACAGAAUAAAGAAACACAGAGGGAGAAGGAAAAACUGGAGAUUGAACUAGCUGCUGCACGCUCCACUAAUGAGGAUCAGCGGAGGCACAUUGAGAUUCGAGACCAGGCCCUUAACAAUGCUCAGGCCAAGGUGGUGAAACUGGAGGAAGAGCUGAAAAAGAAGCAAGUUUAUGUGGAGAAGGUGGAGAAGAUGCAGCAGGCUUUGGUGCAGCUGCAGGCAGCUUGUGAAAAACGGGAGCAGCUGGAACACCGGCUCCGAACUCGCCUGGAGAGAGAGCUGGAAUCUCUCCGGAUGCAGCAGCGUCAAGGCACAUCUCAGACAGCCAACGUCUCAGAGUAUAAUGCAGCAGCACUUAUGGAACUCCUGCGUGAAAAAGAGGAACGAAUUCUCGCUUUGGAAGCCGACAUGACUAAAUGGGAACAGAAAUACCUUGAGGAAAGCGUGAUGAGACAGUUUGCUUUGGAUGCAGCAGCAACUGUGGCUGCUCAGAGGGACACAACCGUGAUCAGCCACUCACCUAAUGCUAGCUAUGACACCUCCCUGGAAGCUCGCAUUCAGAAGGAAGAAGAGGAGAUCCUGCUGGCUAACAGGAGGUGUCUUGACAUGGAGGGCAGGAUAAAAACACUCCAUGCUCAAAUCAUUGAAAAGGAUGCCAUGAUUAAAGUCCUUCAGCAACGUUCUCGGAAAGAGACCAGUAAAACAGACCAGCUCUCCUCGAUGAGACCAGCCAAGUCCCUCAUGUCAAUUUCCAAUGCUGGAUCAGGCUUACUGUCCCACUCCUCAACGCUGAGCAGCACUCCCAUAUUGGAAGAGAAGAGAGAGGACAAAAGCUGGAAAGGCAGUUUAGGUGUUCUGCUGGGAACAGAAUACCGCUCGGAGUCCAUUCCUUCAACCCCCUCGCCCGUCCUCCCCUCCACCCCGCUGCUGUCUGCGCACUCGAAAACAGGCAGCCGGGACUGCAGCACUCAGACAGACAGGGGGAGUGACCAAAACAAAGCUGCUUCUUCUGCCGUGGCCCCUCCUCAGGGGCGACUCCCUAGCACCAGCCUGGCCUACAAUUCAGACAAAACAGAUGGGCCAGUUUUCCACUCCAGCACUCUUGAAAGAAAAACCCCAAUUCAAAGCCUGGGGCAGGAACUCACUGAUGCCGAAAUGGUGGAAUACCUCAUCUGAAAGGCAGACCUUGCAUUGGCGCUGGGACACAAUAGCAAGAUUUUUUUUAAAAAAAAGACAUUUUUAUUAAAGGGGGAGGGGGGAAUUCUUGUACCUGAGUAAUAAAGGACCACUCAGAUCUUCGCUCUUGUAUAUUAUGUCUCAAAAGUGUGGACAGGUUAAUUUAUAAUUUGUUCUAAAUUAUAAAAUACUUGUUCUUUGAAAGUUCCUUCCAUUCUUUUUAAAAAUACUGGAUCUAGUAAUAUCCCUCCCCUUUUUAAAGUACUGGAUCUGGUAACUGGAGAAAAACCAAGGUCUUAAAUGCACUAAAUUUUAUUUUUAAUUUCAGUAUUUUUAAAAUCUUGUGAGGUUUUUUUUAAAAGUACUUAUUUCACAGCAGUUGGUUAAUUGUUUAGCUUAAAUGCAACAAGAUGGAUGUAAUGACUUGACAAGUGUGUUCGACACCAGAUCACACAAUGACAUUGUAAAAACCAGAACUAGUUUGUGGUGCUUUGUUGUGUGUCACAACUUCAGAAUGCAGAUAUUUUUGAGUUGCUUAGGGAGAUGUCUCUCUGUUGCCCUCAGUGGUAAGAAGUCAUCAUGGCUAUUCCAUACUCCAGGGCUGGGAAGAUUCAGUUUGUGUGCCCACACCAAAACAUUUUUGUACUCUUAAUCCCAUUUUUAAUAGCUCUAGUUUUUAAAAUGUCAAAUAUGGCAUUUAAUCUAUGUCAGAGGAGUCCCUGUAUUAUCAGACAUGAAUACUUCAGAGUGAUUUAUGCAGUGGAUAAUACAAUGAAUAUUAGCAACUCAGUAUACUGCAUUAAACCUCUAUGGAGAUCUUUUCUCAUGGCAGACUUUCUUCUGUUCCAAAUCCCUUUCCAGUUGGUCUGUCUCUCCUUUCAUCAGGUAAGAAAUUCCCUUUCAUCCAGGGAAAUCGCAGUUAGGGUCUCACCCAAGGUUAAAGCUCCAGUAUGUUAUUGCCAAAAGUUUUACAUUUCAAAUAUUGCCUUCCCCCACCUAACAGGGAAAAAGCAAGAGUUUUUUGUAUUCAAGUAUUGUAAAAUGUUGCACGUUUCCUACUAGUUUCUAGUCAGUUUCACUUCCCAGUUGAAAUUGCAAAAGUUCUUGGCACUAGGGUCACAAGUGCUGCAGAGGUACAGUUAAACUUGGAAAACAUUGUGGAGGGUUUUAAAAAAUUUUAUGGGCAGACUUUUGUUCUUAGUUUGUAUUGAAAGUUCUGGUUUUAAAUGGCAUCUUUUGCCAUCUAACAAGGCAGUUUAAAGCAACCUAGCUGAUCCCAAUGUUCCCUGCCUUAUUUAUAGUAGCCAGAUUUUGCCAUGGAAUGAAAUAGCUUCAGGUGAAAACACAGCCUAAUACCGCCAUAUCCUGAGCACCCUGUGCGUGGACAAUACUUGGAAUCUUUCAGAACUAGGCCCAAAGCACAAGGGGCGUACCGGGGGUGCAGAAUCAUUCCCCAUCAGUACUCUGUGUUGCCUCUAACUAAUCCUCUUUAAAGAGAACUGAAGGAAAUAGCCUUAACAGCUUAGUGGAAGCAGCAUGCAUUUUACUGGGGAGCUCAUGUGGGUUCCAGUAGGUUAGGUGCUUGCUAAGGUUAAAUCAGUGAGCAUUCUCAGAACCGUAAGAGUUAACAGUGGGUCUAGGCUCAAUAUCCCUAUUGACCUCUUUUCUUCUGAGCCUGAAUACAGCCCCUGUGCAGGACAACGCAAAGCUGUAUUUUAAAAAGCCUGGUCUCAUCUCUGCCCCAUAAAUCACAGGCUUUUUUCUGGUCAUAGUAGGAUUGAUCCUUUAUUAUUUUUUCGAGACUAUUGUCUCUCCCCUUCCCAAGAGCCUCCACAGCCCAUAACGGUCUAUGUUGGGAAUAGCAUAUAUUUGUUUUUUUCUUUGCUUCAUUUCAUAUCAUUCUGUUGAGUAAGACCUAGUCUGGAUAAACCUAAGCCAUCUUUCUCCUUCCUUUGUAAUCACUAGAAACAUAGCAGCUAGGCCUUUUUGCUAGCCACCUUGUCCUUCCAGCCAUUUCAGGAUUGCUUUUUAUCACACAGUUUAUGGGUUUAAAAAGAAUGAACAACAAAUGAGAUUGAGUGUGUAUAGGUGAGAGAGAGAAAUUCAAGGUGAGAAGUACAAGUAUUUCCUUUGCUGUUUCAAAGUUAGGGGAAAAAAAUCAGACUAUUAUGUCUACCAGCAGCUGGAAAGGUGUUUGAUAGCUUGUGGGAGUGCUGCUUCUUCCACCCUAACUCAACUGAGCUACACAGGAAGGAGCUAGAUCAUUUAGGCAGGUAUCUGAUUUUGGAAAACUGGAUUUUCUAAUCAGUGUGUUGAUGGUUGAAGUGGACCAGUCAAUCAUAGUAUGUACAUGUGCAUACAUGUAUGUACAUCCUUUUUUCAACUCAUUGAUGGUAAACAAAAUUCCAUUUUAUUUAAGAUAAUUAAAAAAAGAUAGAGGCUUAAUAGCUGUAAGAUGUACAGCACAAACUACAAAAACCUCAGUAUCAAGUGGUUGCAUUGGCAGUUCUCUACAAAGACAAAUGAGUUUGGAAGGAAACAUCACCCACAGUUUCACAUUGCUUUGACCAAUUCCUUGCUUUCAUGCCUUACUUUGUAGGGUUGACUUCAUGAGUUAAGUUCCCUUCUUCUCACCCUAUUCAGCCCUUAAGAGGAAGAAAACAGAAAAGCAGCCUGAAAAAAAAGUCUUGUACAAGUUGGGAAUUUGAAAGCAUUGUGUGGCUGAUAAACUAGGAACCAUCAGAAAUAGGUGCUUCUCUUAGGACUUCCUAAAACAGUCCUGCUGUGAAUCUAAAAUUGCUGCUUUCAUUUGGGGGGAAUUGUGUAAUAUAGUUUUCAGUUUCUUUCUAUAGACUUUUUUCUCUUUUGAAAACAAAAAUCUACUUAAAGCCAACCUGCAUGCCUAGCUCCUUUCUGUCUAUAGACUACUUGCUUCUAGGUAUAAGUUUAAAAUGCAGCAUAAAUUGCAAGGACCUUCAUUUUUCAAGCCAAACUUUUAGACUAAGAGUUGCCUUAAACUCGGGUAAUUAGAAGCAGAAUUGCAGCUUUUGUAAGGAGAGCCACAUAUUCCUCUCAGAGAGCAAAACAAGAAUCAAGUUCAGUUUAUUUUUUUUCUCCUUUAAAUGCUCAUAGAGUGGCCAAUCCAGCAAAUCCUUUCCAUUGGGAACACCAUUGAGAUUCAGUUGCUCAGAGACAUACGAUAAAGAGUCUUUCAUGGCUAUAUUCUUUGUUCUGAUCUGACCCAGUGUCAUCACUAGUGAUUUUAAAUAGCUCCCACCAGACACUUCUGUGUUGACCUAGAUAGAAUCAUAGAAAAGUAGGGCUGGACGGGACCUUUAGUCCAGCCCUCUGCUCAAGGCAGGAUCAUCCCUGACUUGACUUGGUAGGUUCUCUUGAGAGCUGCCUGGAGGGGGAGGUUCGCAAGACAGGUCAAAAAAAAAGUUACCAACAAUAGUUCAUGGUCUAGGAGCCCAUGCAGAUAACUCAAAUUCUAUAUAAAAGAUGUGCAUACAGCUGUGUUGUGCGCGCCAAGGUAAUGCUACAAUAGUCUCUUAAGAAAUCUGUACAGUGAAUCCUUUCACCCAGGGAAAUUGCAGUUAGGGUUUCACCCAAGGUAAAAGCUCCACCAUGUUAUUGCCAAAAGUUUUACGUUUCAAAUAUUGCGUUCCCCCACCUAAUGGGGAAAAAGCAAGAGUUUUCUGUAUUCUCAAGUAUUGUAAAAUGUUGCAAGUUUCAUGCUAGUUUCUAGUCAGUUUCACUUCCCAGUUGAAAUUGCAAAAACAGUAACCACCAAAGAGAGUGGUCUUAAUCUGCUUGCUACAAGGCCGGCAGUGUAACACAGUGCAGCUAGCAUGGAGGAACUUUUAUGGGUCCUUUAAAUUUGACAACCUCCCCCCCAUGAAUACUGGCAAACUAUAGCACAGGAUUCACUGUACUGCUACACCGUGUUGAAUGUUUUUGCUCCAGAUGGGGUGGGGGAGGGGAAGGUUCCCUUUUCAUGUAUUUGUAUAGGAACUUUUUAAAAGAAGUUAGCAUUUGUAAUGUCUAGAAGAUAAAAGACAUAGCCAGUGUAACUGUACUGUAUUUAUGAAAAAAUACACAUCUUUUCAUAAAGAUCUUACUCUAGGGUGGUUUUAGUCUUUGAUUUCUAAUAUUAUUUCUUAGGCUUGCAGAAGAAACAUUGAAACCUAGCUCUCUUUUUCACUUGUUACAUUCAGUGUAAAACCAGAGGUGAGCUAAACACCUGUGGUAAAUAGGAAACCUCCUCCUCCCUUUUAAUUUAAAACAAAACACACUUGAGUUUCAGUUCUGACAUGUUUGAAUGAGUACAUUUUCAUUCCCCUCCUAUUUCUGGCUGGGACCAGAAGCAGGGGUGUUGAAGUAACUUCAGAAACUAUGCUUGGGAGACUUGUCUGGUGAAGUUCAGCUCAGCACCCAAAAAAAAGUUGUCUUGAUGCUUGUCAAGACCUUUGGAGAUUUGUCUCGACAUAGCCUGUUCUCACAGCUGCUGAAAGCAAUGGCAAAAUGCCCAUUGACUCAAGUGGUGAGACACAAAGCCCUUAAGAAGAGGUAUCCUUUCCUCUGACUUCACUCCUGUAGUUCUCUCCCACUUGUAGGAACUAUUAGGUGGAAUAACAUUUCAUGAUUGUUUGGUUUCCCUGGAGUUAUGAUCAAUAGGGAAGAGCCAGACAAAAGUGACCAAUGUGGUGCUUAUUUUGACUAUCCAAAAUAUCAAAGAAAUGAAUUGAAGUCAAGUUUCUUAUUUAAAAGCAACCAACCUUAAUUAGAAAAUAGUCUUUUCUAUAUAAAUCUAUAUUAAAACAAGCUAAAUGGUUUUUUUUUCAUUUUUGUUUAAACUGUCAAGUUGAUUUAAUAAGUUAUGGAAUGAGCUGUUUUCUAAUACAACUAUUGAAAUAUCCCUAAAACAUCUUUGCAGAAUGUGGCAGCUUUAAUCCUAGAAAAAGUGUAAAUAUGCGCUAUGUGUCUUGUGAAUGUCUGUCAUCAUGUCUGUAGGUAGCCAUAAAAUAUCUUGUGUGUUUUCUAAAAGUGAA